GCAGAAACCAAGGAUGAAUUUUCAGUCUGCCUUCAAUCCCUCUGUGGCAGGAGGGAUAGGUGAGGAACCAAAAUCCCAAAACAGGAAAGGUUGAUUCCACUUCAGGAUAAUGGCAGGAAAAGUAAAGUGGGUAACUGACAUAGAAAAAUCAGUUCUAAUAAACAACUUUGAAAAAAGAGGAUGGAUUCAGGUGGCAGAAAAUGAAGACUGGAAUUUUUAUUGGAUGAGCGUCCAAACAAUCAGAAAUGUGUUCAGUGUGGAAACCGGUUACCGCCUCUCUGACGACCAAAUUGUCAAUCAUUUCCCAAACCACUAUGAACUGACCAGAAAAGAUUUGAUGGUAAAGAACAUCAAGAGAUACAGAAAAGAACUUGAGAAAGAAGGAAGUCCUCUUGCGGAAAAGGAUGAAAAUGGAAAAUAUAUUUAUUUGGAUUUUGUUCCUGUGACUUUUAUGCUUCCUGCUGAUUAUAAUCUCUUUGUUGAAGAAUUCAGAAAGAAUCCCUCUAGCACAUGGAUUAUGAAACCCUGUGGCAAAGCUCAAGGAAAAGGAAUAUUUCUAAUCAAUAAACUCUCCCAAAUAAAAAAAUGGUCUAGAGACAGCAAAACAUCUUCGUUUGUGUCUCAGUCUUCCAAAGAAGCCUAUGUGAUUUCACUCUACAUCAACAAUCCCUUACUAAUUGGUGGGAAGAAAUUUGAUCUUCGUCUCUAUGUUUUGGUGUCUACCUAUCGUCCACUGAGAUGCUACAUGUAUAAGCUUGGGUUUUGCCGGUUUUGCACAGUGAAAUACACACCAAGUACAAGUGAACUGGAUAACAUGUUUGUACAUCUUACAAACGUUGCCAUUCAGAAACAUGGGGAUGAUUACAACCAUAUCCAUGGAGGCAAGUGGACAGUGAGCAAUUUACGCCUGUACCUGGAGAGCACCCGUGGAAAGGAAGUCACCAACAAAUUAUUUGAUGAAAUCCACUGGAUCAUUGUGCAGUCCCUGAAGGCUGUUGCGCCUGUAAUGAAUAAUGAUAAACACUGCUUUGAGUGCUAUGGAUAUGACAUUAUCAUUGAUGACAAGCUUAAACCCUGGCUAAUUGAGGUUAAUGCUUCCCCUUCUCUUACUUCCAGCACCGCUAAUGAUCGCAUCUUGAAGUAUAAUCUUAUUAAUGACACACUUAACAUUGCUGUGCCUAACGGGGAAAUUCCUGACUGCAAAUGGAAUAAAUCUCCACCAAAAGAGGUUCUGGGCAAUUAUGAAGUCUUAUAUGAUGAAGAGAUGGCACAGAGCGACGGGACUGAUCGCGACCUGCGGGGUCGUCCUGGGCAGCCCAUGGGGGUCAAAGGAAGCCGUACAAGAGAUUCAGGAAAGCCUGUCCUGACCACGUGGAAGUGAUGACAGAAAAAACAGCUGCGCUCUUGGUAGGAAGACAUCAAGAAUAACUUGAAGUUUUGGAACAGAUUCCUAUGUUUUGCUACAUUGCAUGUAGGAAAUGCUAACGAAGACAAAACAGCCUUUGAAAAGUGAAACAAACACUCAAAACCCAGGAACUGUAUUAGACAUAUACUGACCUGAUAAUUAUUACAACAAUAGAUAUAGAGUGUGUAUUUAUAUACAGUUAUGUUUAUAUGAUUUGUAUAAACUAAUUCUCAAUAAUGAUCAAGGACUUUAUUUAUAAAGGUGGCAAUUCAAAUGCAUAUUCUGAAAGAAACUCCUUGCUGUUCUGGAUAGUAUUUAUUUCCUCUAGUAGCCUGUCCCUUCCUGCCUAUAAUAAAUGAGCUGUGGAUUCUAUAAAAGGAUGAAGGUGGUAAACAUUAAUAUUUUCACAGUGAUGAUUCAGAGUCUUGUAGUAAAAGAAGAGCAACUAAAAAAAAUUAGGAGUACAUGUACUUGAGGCUUUUGCCAGUUAGUGCAGCUAUUGAUUUAUAACCAGUAUGAACAAAUUGAAAAGCAAGUCUUUAUAUGCUGAGGGUUGGGGGGUUUUAUUUCCUUUGUAUGUUAUGAGCUGCUAACUCUUUAAAGGUAGGAAGUUUUAUGGACUGAGGGAGGGUUUCAAUGGUCUACUGAUAGACUGUUUCACUAGCCAUUAAUUUUUAUUUUCAGAUGUCUGUGAAAAACAGAACAAUCAGAUACUGUGAUAAAUCUCAUUGCUUGAAGCUGAUGAUAAAUCUUUAUUUGCACCAGAAUCUCUCAGUGUUUUUAUGCAUGUAUAUAAGUCUAAUCUGUAUAUUUUUGUAUAUUUUAUUUUAACAAAGAUAUUGUUGCACAUGGCAAGCUAUUUCUGGUAGCUAUGAUGAGAACAGUUGUGAUGAUUAGCUACCAAAACUAAGAUGCAAAACUUAGCUACCAAAACUAAGGAGCAAAAGAUAAAAAUGGGUACUUCAGUCUUCUAACAGCAAAGCGUAUAAAUAAACCAGUGGGGUCUGUGAUUGGCUGUUGCUUCCACUUGACUUUCAACCAGAUAUUGGGUGGUUACUUAUAAAUGGCAACAUGCAUUGGUUGGUUUUAUUCUCCUUCUCCCUCCCUUUUUUUGGUAAAGUUUAACUCUCCCAAAGUUUUUAGUUUCUUGAACACCUAAACCAGACCACCUGCAACUGCACUACUUCACCUGCUUUGAAGGGUCCUCCUAGAAGAGGGCAGCAAACCAUGGUCUCCAGGACAGCUGAACAUAGUCUGGCCAGAGCAGCUUGUGUUGGGGAGGAAGGGCAGAUGUGGGCUGGGCUGACCAAUACCCGUACACAGAAUCUGGGGUUUAUCCUGUCAGUAAAAAAUGAAAUCUGUAGGCUGAAUCACUCCAAGCAUAAUCUUCAUUAAUCUUGUAUAUUCCACUAAAAUAAAAUCUAAAUGAUUCUCUCUU